AUGCCUCUGAAUAUGUCAAGGCAACAACUUAAAAAGUUGUAUUCGGAAGUCAAGCAUUAUUAUUGGGAUGAGCCCAUUCUCUUUCGUCAUUGUGUUGAUCAAGUAAGUAGAAGAUGUGUCCCAGAAGAGGAGAUGAUUUCCAUUCUUACUCAUUGCCAUACUUUACAUUCUGGCGAUCACUUUGGAGGAACAAGGACAGUAGCAAAAGUUUUGCAAUGUGGGUUUUAUUGGUCCAGGUUAUUUAAAUAUGCUAGUGCCUUUGUCAAGAGUUGUGAUCGUUGCCAAAAGACCGGUAACAUAUCAAGACGAGAUCAAAUGCCGAUGACUGGAAUUCUUGAAGUUGAGUUUUCCGAUGUGUGGGGAAUGGAUUUUAUGGGACCUUUCAUGUCAUCUUUUAAUAACCAGUACAUUAUGCUUGUAGUGGAAUAUGUUUCUAAAUGGGUGGAAGCUACAACAACUCGUACUUCUGAUGGUAAGAGGGCUUUGUUCUAUCAUUCACUUGCCAAUGGUCAAGCAGAAGUGUCAAAUUGGGAGAUAAAAAGUAUUUUGGAGAAGACUGUUAAAACAUCAAGGAAGGAUUGGUCGAAAAUGCUUGAUGAUUCACUGUGGGCAUAUCGCACAGUCUUUAAGACUCCGAUCGGACAAAAUAGGCAUAUGGAGUUGAACAAGCUUGAUGAAUUUCAGAAUGAAGCCUAUGGAAUGCAAGGAUUUAUAAAGAAAAUUCUAAGGCAUUUCAUGAUAAAAGGAUACUUAGGAAGGAUUUCUAACCGAGAGAUAAGGAGCGAUUUGUGUGAGGUGUGGGAGGUGCCUACAUAUCCUAGUGAUAUUUAUAGGAAAGCAAUGGGGCCUGUUUCUUGUGCUUCUGUGUUCAAGUUCAACGAACCAUCUUUGGAGCUUCCUGUAGCACAACCCCGACAAGAGAGAGUUGAAGAAAAGGGAGAUCACCCUAAUGAACCUUCCAAUGUCAAUGUUCAACAAGAAGAACUAUCCGGAAAAACCAACAUACCCAUAAUUAUUUGGGGGAACUUCACGAUUAUCAUCGAGCCCAAGUGA